AUGGGGAUGGGACGAGAGGGCGCUGGUGAACAAGCACAAGAGGACGCUAGAGAACAAGCACAAGAGGACGCUCGAGAACAAGCACAAGAGGACGCUAGAGAACAAGCACAAGAGGACGCUAGAGAACAAGCACAAGAGGACGCUAGAGAACAAGCACAAGAGGACGCUCGAGAACAAGCACAAGAGGACGCUCGAGAACAAGCACAAGAGGACGCUAGAGAACAAGCACAAGAGGACGCUAGAGAACAAGCACAAGAGGACGCUCGAGAACAAGCACAAGAGGACGCUAGAGAACAAGCACAAGAGGACGCUAGAGAACAAGCACAAGAGGACGCUAGAGAACAAGCACAAGAGGACGCUCGAGAACAAGCACAAGAGGACGCUCGAGAACAAGCACAAGAGGACGCUCGAGAACAAGCACAAGAGGACGCUCGAGAACAAGCACAAGAGGACGCUAGAGAACAAGCACAAGAGGACGCUCGAGAACAAGCACAAGAGGACGCUCGAGAACAAGCCCAAGAGGACGCUAGAGAACAAGUACAAGAGGACGCUCGAGAACAAGCACAAGAGGACGCUAGAGAACAAGCACAAGAGGACGCUCGAGAACAAGCACAAGAGGACGCUCGAGAACAAGCACAAGAGGACGCUCGAGAACAAGCACAAGAGGACGCUAGAGAACAAGCACAAGAGGACGCUCGAGAACAAGCACAAGAGGACGCUCGAGAACAAGCACAAGAGGACGCUAGAGAACAAGCACAAGAGGACGCUAGAGAACAAGCACAAGAGGACGCUCGAGAACAAGCACAAGAGGACGCUAGAGAACAAGCACAAGAGGAAGACAGAAGGAAAGCCGCACCCGCAGAGACCUGGAGCCGGGUAGUUGUACUUCAGAUUCAAGCAUUAUACUCUAAGAUGACCCGCGAGCUCACCUGUCGCCCCACUUAG